AUGAUGUACACUGCCCUGCAGAUCCUUCUGCUGGCAAGGGCCAGUGCAGCUACGCAGUGUUUGCCCAGUGCCGUGCCUCCAAAUGAGAGGAAAUAUUUGCAAGGCAGGUCUGGGCAAUUUCCUCUUGGACUCUGUCCAAAUGGCAACCCCCAAGAUGUUGUUGUGACGACUGCUGUCCAGAUUCUCGUCGAGGAGGUCCUGGGGAUCCAUGCGGUAGUGUAUCCUCUGACGUCUUCAACGGCGGGUGUGGACGAUUUCUAUCAGCUAGCCGGGUGCGAAGCCAAUGCGUCCGAGUGGGUGUGCACCGGGAGGAGCUCAAAGCAUGUGAUGUUGGGCAUCUUAAUGGUCGGCAGAGAGCCGCAGCUUGCCGAAGUCCAGCGUUUGCGCGUUGGUGGAAUUCUGGAUCGGAUGAGCAUGGGCUUUGGGCUCUUCCAGGGCAUCUACAUCCCACAGACGCUGCUUGCAAAGGCAUUCGAUUCGCAAGGUCUUGCCCUGGAGUAUUACAGGAGCUACAGCCUUGCAAAUAGCUGGAAGAGCUUUUCAAGGAUCUGGGAGGUGAACGAGUCGGACCUUGUCUCAUGUUGGGACUGGGGCACCUUUGACAGAUUUGCGAUAGAGAAGUACGUGAACAUCACAGGAGACGAGAGUGGGGUGCGGGUGGAUGCAGCUGGGGUUACUCGAGCGCAAUGCCAUCACGAGUAUUGGUGGUUUGCGCCUACUUGUCGUCAGAACAGCUCAGAGUGUAUUCCACUGAUCAGCUGUCACUCAUGGGGUUACAAUUGGUACGCGUCAGAGAUCAUGUUCAAGGCUACUACCUGGAGCAUGCCGAUAGCCACAGGCGCAGGCAGAGGCUGCGACGCCAGUGAUUCCUUUUGGCGGCUUCCUUUUCAGCACGAUGUUUUGCUCUAUUAUUGGUCGCCGGAUGUUAUGUUCAACUCACUGCAUCUUCAGCCAGUUGCAUUCCCAGCCUUCAACAGCCGACAGUGGCUGAUGGGAGACAUGUCGACUCUUCGCAGUGUGACAGAGUUCGAGAACUUCUUGCACAAAGACCUUGCAACCUGGGCCCCCGAGGUCGAGAGCUUCCUCAGCGCCAUGUCGUGGCAAGUAGGUGACGUGAACACGCUGCUCAGCUUGGUGGAUUCGGGUAAUGUCCCUGACACAGCCCAUCACGCAGCAUGCUCCUGGCUCCGCGAUAAUGAGGUUGCAUGGCAAAACUGGGUUCCAAUGAAGUCCAGGUGUUUGGCUGGCCAUGGCAUGUAUUCUGUCGAAAAGCAGAGCUUCAUCUCUAUCCGCGACCAGAACACGAGCUGCAGACCCUGUCCACCCGGGAUGUACUCAGCCCUCAUCCAGGAUGACAUUGGUGACACAGCAGAGUGUCAACCCUGUUUGCCGGGCACGCUUCAAAGCUCUUAUGCAGCCGUGACGUGUGAUGUUUGUCUCCCAGGGACGUUUACAGGCAGGUUUGGAUCCACGAUUUGCGAAAAGUGCCCCCAGGGAGAGUAUCAGGAGCAGGAAGGCAAGACAGACUGCCGUACGUGCGGUCCAUUCCAGACGACAAUCAUCCUGGGUGCAAGCAGCAUUGGAGACUGCGCUUGUACACCGGGCUCCUUCUGGCAAGAUGUCACUGGCGACUGUGAGCCCUGCAUUGAUGGCAUGUCGUGCAGUGGCGGUGCCACGAGACCACAGCAGCUCCAAGGCUUUUGGGCGGAGGAACUCGAAGACGCGGGCCGUUUGAGCUACUCGGUGUUUUCAUGCCACCCGCGCGACCAUUGCCCUGAAGGCUUGCCUGGGAAGUGUGCGCAGAACCGUGUGGGUCGAGCCUGCGCUGCCUGCCAGCUGGGAUACACUCCGGCAGCUGAUGGUGGUUGUGUGGACUGUGAGGGUCAUAUUUUUCUGCCCUGGCUGCUUGUUGUGGUGGUGCUGGGCACGCUAUACUUGUUGCACACUUGCGGAGCACGCCGCCGUCAGACUGCAACGACAUUGUUGAUCAUCCUCGUCAUGUCGGGGCAGGGAGUGAUAUGCAUGCAGAAUCUGCACGUGGUGUCGCAACUAGAGAUUGAGUGGAUGGAGCCUGUCGCGGCCCUACUAUCAUUCAUUUCUUCGCUCGUGUCCCUAGACUUGCAGGACAUGGGCUUUCAUUGUUUUGCUCCUGAUUACGGGCCAGCUGCCAUUUACCUCCUCCAGGCUCUUGCAUAUCCAUGCAUUAUUUUGGUAACUGUGGUACCUUGGGUGUUGGCUCGGUUGAUUCGCCGGCCAAUCAGUUUCCAGCCUAUAUUCAGUCUUCACGGUCUGGUCCUUGUCUCGCUCUUCACAUCCAUUACACUUGUCUUCCUGCAGCCAUUUGAAUGCCGCAAGAACCCCAACGGUACAUCCACGGUCGUCGCGUAUGCGCAGGUUAUUUGCUGGGAGACGGAGGAGCACUUGUGGCUCAUUUGUUUCGCAUGCCUUGGUAUCCUAGCUUACCCAGCAAGUAUGUUCGCUGGCAUGGGCUAUGUGACGUGGGUAUAUGCGGCAAAGAUGACGUCAAGGGAUGGUAUCAAAGUGGUGGAGCGCUACCGAUUCUUAUUCGGUCGCUUCCGGGCCGACCGAUACCAGUACUGCUUGCUUCUGACAGCAGCCAACUUGCUCUGUGGUUGCAUCCCGUCUGCGUUCUCAACUUUGCAGGCGCUUCAGGUGUGGGCUUUUGGGAGCAUCCUCCUCACGCGCAUUGCUAUUUUGUGCUUGUUGUGGCCCUGGCGACUCAACGGCGCCAACUGGAGCGAACUCCUGUUGAUUGGUGCAACCUUGGUGGUGCUGCUUUUGGCAGCGCCUCUGGUCACUGUCGACAAUGACGCCAACAAGGAGAUCAUAGCUGUGAUGCUGAUGUGCAUACUGUGCUUCGUCCCGGGCAUUGUUAGCGUGGCAGCAGCAAUAUCAAUAGGACUUCGCGUUUGUGCAAGCCAACGAUAUUCAAUGUUUCUUAGUCAUCACAAAGCAGGUGCUGGCGCACUGUGCCGUUAUGUGAAAAUUGUACUGAUGCAGAUCACGAGGGCCAAAAUAUUUUAUGAUUCGGACAAUCUUCGGGACCUCGGGACACUUUUUGACACGGUGAAGACCAAGAGUGACCUGGUGCUGGCGGUAAUAACAUCGGAUUUCAUUCGGAGCCUCUGGUGUGUUGGAGAAAUCAGCACCGCUUUUGUUCAUGGGGUUCCUACGAUGGUCCUCUGUUGCGACGGCUGUGGUAUUCCAGACUACGAUGAAUUGCGCACCAUUGACUCUUGGCCGGAUGAUCACUGGCAGAUGCUGACUGGCUACGGAAUCAGUUCGGAAGACGUCCGGGCGGCUUUUGCUUUUCUUUACAGGGUGGAGGUCUUCCAUAUCCAGCGGACAAGCAGCAGUGCAGAGCAAGAGCGAGCAGUCCUGCAACUGGCUGCAGCCGCGAAGAUUUGCCCAGAGAGAUUUGUGCCAGAAGUGUCAGUUGAAGAGGCCCGCAUUCUGGUGGCUUCUGGUAUGGGGGGCGAGCUGAUUUCAUCAAGCUUGGUCUUACAGCAGCUGUUGCAGCUGAAGCUACAGCUGGAGAUCUGCCAUGUGUUCCAGCCUCAUGACUUCGCAAUUUGCAGAGCCAGCGCCAUUGUGAUCGUUGUGGGAAGGGGCUGUUUGCAAGAGCAAAACUUCUGCCAGCUGCUCCUGGCCCUGCCUCCGUCAUGGGACAGGGUGCUGGUGAGCGAUGGAACUUUUGAGUUCCCCUCUCCAGGCUUCUACAGCGAGGUUCGUGCUGGGUGUAUGGGAUUGCCUGGGGACCCGCUAGUCGUUGUUGAGAUGUACCGGAGCCUUUGUUCAAACAUUGCUUUGCCCCUGUCACCUCACAGUUCAAGCAGCCUGCUGGACCGCCAAGUGGACCAAAUUUGUGAGCAGAUCCGUGACGUCAGCAAGGAUCAGGAGGUCUCAUUCCUUCGAAGCCCGUCUGGUCUUUGGAAAGAGAGCUCUUCCGUUGCCUUUAUGUCUCGAUCUAUGCCUGUCGAAGGAGGAGAGGAACCGCCUUCUAGGAAAUCAAGCCUUUCUUCUCAACAAGAGGAGGACAGCAGAGAGCUGGAUGAAGAGGAAGAGGACCAUGUGCAAGUGGUAUUCUGA